AUGGAGUUGACGACGUUGCUCACGACACUUUCCCUCGUGUCGGGAGCGGCCGCCCAGACAUGCUACUGGCCAAACGGUAGCGAAGCCGACAAUCUUCUCCCUUGUUCACAUGGACCCGACCCAGAGUACUCGACAUGCUGCUUCAAAGGGCAUUACGGCCUGUCCAACGGGCUCUGCUUUGAACCGCUGGGCAUGACCAUGUAUCGGGCUGGUUGCACCGACAGAACCUUCAACUCGCAAUCAUGCGCAUCGUUUUGCUAUGGCGACAAAUACGAAAUAUCAGGUGAGAAGCCGCUCUUGGGUGCCUCACAGUCUGGGGUCUGGACUUGCGGCGACAAUAAGUUCGCCUGUACGCCAUUCUCAUGCAGCGCGAACAACUUCACCGUGCCCGCAUCGAAAAUGCUGCAAAAUGCUGCGCUGCUUUCGGAUAUCGGGCAGCUUUCCGCCACGGCGACGGCAACGACGGCGGGGUCUGCGACUGCGACCGGAUCUGUGGUGACACACACGGUGACAAGCCCAGCGAACUCUACAUCAGAACAGUGCGACACGACGGGUGGCGUAUCGACGGGAGGCGCCGUGGGCAUCGGUGUGGGUAUCGGCGCCCCUUUGGCGCUUGCGACGGCGGGGCUGCUGGUGAUGUAUUUGCGGGAGAGGCGCAGGAGGCAGGCGUUCGAGUCCGGGACAUGGCCGUCCCCGCACAGUAAGGGUGUCCAUGGAGAAGUGAGCGGUGACUCGACGGUUAGAAGCGAGAUGAUGGCCAGCCAUCACCAGAGACACGAGUUGGGCACAUGA